AUGAUGAGCGUGUUCCCGAGAUCACCCACUAGGCUGCAAAGGCAAGCACCCGCCGCUCUGCAUCUUGACCGUGUUCCCGAGAACCCCUUUCUGCAGCAGUCUUGUGAUGCUGUUGCAGGCGCAGCUAUUCCUCUGUUUUCACCUCUCUUUGUUUCUCCAAAUUCGCAAUCUUCUCUCUCACCAGAAGGCCACGUAAAUCCAUAUCAGCACGCUUCUCCAUCUGGAAUAGAGCACGAUUUUUCGUUCCCGGUGAGUAUUACUGAGAAGAACGGACCUCAGCCGUCAAUGGACCACAAGGAAGGGUUGCAAUAUUCAGCUAAGGCCGACUAUAGUGACCAGAUUGGUCUCUUGAAUAUUUUUCAGACCAAGUGCGUGCUUGUACAUCAUUCGCAGUGAGGGUUUUAGCAUUUAGAAUGGUCCCUUGAUGUUUCAGAAUCCAAAUGUUUUUCAAUAGUUUUCUUAUUAACCCAUUU